AUGCCGCUCAAGUUCCGGGAUUUUGCAAGGUGCUUCAUCGGAUCGAAACAUGCACCCGCAUCAGCGCCAGUGCCGGCGGUGUCCCUGCCGGACAACGACGAUCUCCUCUGCGAGAUUCUCCUACGCCUGCCGCCGCUCCCGUCGUCUCUCGCGCGCGCGUCCCUCGUGUGCAAACGCUGGCGAGGCCUCGUCACGGACCCUUUCUUCCUCCGGCGCUUCCGCCAGCACCACCACCGGACGCCUCCGCUGCUGGGCUACUUCUUCAGCCACCCUCGCGGGCCCGUCUUCGUCUCGACGCUGGCGCCGCCUGACUGCAUACCACCGGAGCGCUUCUCCCUGCCGCGGCAGCCUGCUGCCGGCGAGCGCCUCUUCUUCCUCGGCUGCCGCCACGGCCUCACCCUCCUCAUCAACAGGACAAGCCUCCACGCCGUCGUGUGGGAUCCCGUCACCGGCUGCCAGGCCACCGUGGCAUAUCCAGGGGAGUUCACCACUGACAACGGAGCGCACUGCUGCCGUGGCACGGUGCUGAGCACCGCCGCCGCCACUGCCGAUCAUGGCGAUGGGCAGUUGAGGCCCUUCAAGGUCAUCUUGAUACGCAUAGACGACGCAGACAAUGGUCACAUAAUACGUGUGUCCGUGUGCGUCUACGAAUCCCAAACAAGAAAAUGGGGUCGCACCAUCGCAAUCGCAACCACUGUCAUUCCCUUAUCUGUGUCCAACCUGCCCAAUGUCUUGGUUGGGAACGCACUCUACGGAUUUCUCCGGUGGCCAAAAGGAUUUCUUGAACUCGAUCUGGAGAGGCACACUCUAGGCGUGAUCCAGACGCCGAAGCGUCUCCAUCAUCCCAUUGACAGAUCCUUCUUCCAGAUCGUGAGGACACAGGAUGAUGGAGGAGAGCUGGGACUUGCAAUCUUGUCCAAGAUGAGCAUGGAGUUGUGGGGGAGGAAGGCCAUGGCCAAGGCCAACUCAUCAUCAGAUGGUGUUGUUAGAUGGAGAUGGGUGCUGCAGAAAACAAUUCAACUGGACAACCUCCUUAAAGUACCACGUAUGAAUAUGAUGCAUACUAAUUUGCCAGCAGCAAGGAUACUGGGGUUUGAUGAGGACAACAAUGUGAUUCAUGUAUCCACAUUUAGCGGUGGUGCCUUCGCGAUCCGGCUUGACUCCAUGAAGUUCACGGGGCUUUUCAACGUCAAUCGUAUUGGUUCCUAUCAAUCCUGUUAUCCCUACACAGGUUUCUACACUGGUGUACCUCGUCUUCCAACUGCAUAA